GAAUCAUGUGCUCCUGCAAUAUGGCGGGACUGACUCGCGCCGACAUGCAGAAAUAUGGCAGGGGAUUUCUGUGGAUCCCCGCACUGUUUCUGACACUCGCGGGUCGAGGAGACGCUCAGGCGGACGCCAGUAAUGUGGUGACAGUGGCAGAUGCCAACUGGACGCUGAUCCUGCAGGGCGAGUGGAUGAUCAAAUUUUAUGCCCCCUGGUGCCCUGCAUGUCAACAUUUACAGGCAGACUGGGAGAAUCUGGGAAGACAAAGUGACAGUCUGGGCAUUUCUGUGGGCAGGGUUGAUGUUACACAACAACCAGGUCUGAGUGGGAGGUUUCUUGUUACAACACUGCCGACUAUAUUUCACGCUAAAAAUGGAGAUUUCCGCAAGUAUGUUUCAUCACGGACUAUAGAGGAUAUCCAAGCAUAUGUUGUGCACAGAAAGUGGGCGACGGUUGAGCCGGUGCCAGGAUGGAAGUCACCAUCAUCUCUCCUAAUGUCAGGAAUGGCUCAUCUGUUUCGACUCUCUGUGUGGAUCAGACAAAUCCACACGUACCUGACCAACACCCUCGGCAUCCCAUCCUGGGGUUCGUACGUGAUAUUUGCCAUCAUCACGCUUUUCAUGGGUCUGGUGCUCGGCCUGAUGCUGGUUUUGAUCGCUGACUGUAUUUGGCCGUCCAGACCCAAGCGCAGACAAGACAAAACAGUAGUAACAGUAAAGGAGGACGUGUCGGAGGAGGAGGAGGAGGAGAAACAGGAUCUGGAGAGCGAAAGAGUGUCUGAAGAGUCAACUGAGGAGGAAACAGCAGAUGCAGACACAGACGCAGAGACAACAGUGAGACGCAGAGUGCAGAACAAGAGCACUACUGAGGGAACAUAGCCAGCGCAAACCAUGGGAGGCAGUUUGGGACCAAACACACUGCAACACUUGCGCAUACAAAUAUCUGUUUGCUCAUAUAUAACAAACACAUCUGGAGCGUCUGCAAAUACACACUUUACUUUUGUACAGUUUGAAAUUUUUCACAGUAUUUCCUAUAAUAUUUUUUCUUCUGGAGAAAGCCUAUUUAUUUAUUUCAGCUAGAAUAAAAGCAUUUUAAGGUCCAUAUUAUUAGCCCCCUUAAGCAUUAUUUGUUUUGGAUAGUCUAAAGAACAAACCACUGUUAUAACUAAUAUAAUAACUUGCCUAAUUACUCUAACCUGCCAAAUUAACCCAGUUAAGUCUUUAAAUGUCACCUUAAGCUGAAUACUAGUAUCUUAAACAAUAUCUAGUGAAAUAUUAUUAAUUGUCAUCAUAGCAAAGAUAAAAUAAAUCAGUUAUUAGAAAUGAGUUAAUAAAACUAUUAUGUGUAGAAAUGAAAUGCAGGAAGAAUAUACAGGGGGGGGGGUAAUAAUUCUGACUUUAACUGUAUAUAGAUGAGCAAACAGAGAUUGGUGUAUUUCUUCUAAAGUGUUUUAGUCCCACUUAAGUAGACUCCAGAGAUGUUUUGUAUAUAUGAGAAAACAUCCAGUUGAAACCAGAAGUUUACUUACACUGUAUAAAAGAGCAGAUGACCAUUUAAAAAAGUCAGAUGUUAAUGUGACUAAACUUUUCCUCUUUUAGGUAAGUUAGGAUGAUCUCAUUUGUUUCUGUUGUGCUUAAUAGCAAAAUAAUGAGAGAGAUGUUUUUAGAGAAAUUUUUCUAACUUUUCUUGAAAGUCAAGUUUCCAUACAAUAAGAUUAUUCUGCCUCAGAAAAAGCUCAGAUGAUGAUGUCAAGGUUUUGGAAGUUUCUGAUUGGCUAAUUGACAACAUUUGAGUUAAUUGGAGGCACAACUGUAGAAUAGUAUUUAGGGAAAACCUCAAACACACUGCUUCCUUGUGUGACAACAUGGGAGAAUCAACAAGCCAGAAUCAA